AUGUUACGAUUUCUAUUAUACUUUCAGAUACUUGUCGCGGUGACUAUCUGGCCUGCCUCUGCCCUCCCAGGAAGGAAGUCGACAUCGGUAUCUCCUCCGAUAACUCCCGGGGCCACCACUACUGCCACUAUUUCUGACGCAGCGGCAGCCCCAACUCAGUCAAUCAUCAUUGCCGAAAUCGGUUCUGACGAGUGGAUAGCGGAUGGUAAAACUAAGUGGCUAACUUACUUGGUUUCUGAUGACCAAGUGCCCGACUGGUGCAAUGGAGCAAACUCGACAAGAACAGUUACGAACGCCAACGACGAUGCUGAUCUGCCAAACCUAUACUACGGCACCCGCUACGGGGAUCCGAGCUCCUUAGAUGGCUGUUCAUAUGACUCGAAUGCAAAAACGUGGGGAUGUGAUGGCUGGAGUGCUUCCUGCCAAGACCAGUUUGGCAAGGACAAAUUGGGAUUCCCUGUUUAUGGCGCUUUAGUUACCACCUGCGAUGGUCUCGACGUUACAGAGCUCACUAUAUGUGUGAAAGAUGCUGCUUCAUCGUCGGCUACGCAAACCAUCAAAGCUCCCUCGUCUACAGCCGCGGCCAAGGCUACUUGGUCUGCGUUGUGUGAGGAAGGGGGCCGAACGAAUCAAGCAUGGAAUGAUUCUAAGAUGGAUGACUUUCUGGAUGAUUUAGCGCAGAAUAUCCCUGAGGGCAACACAGGUACCUUCGUCGAGCUUAUAGAGUCAAAGGUUACUGGAAUAUCCCAAUUCUCAUGCGGCUUCAACCUAGAGGGUGACCAAGCUUGCGAGGUGAAUUUAGUUCAUUGUGAUGCCUCACGUGCUCGGUAUUUCUAUGUUCUGUAUGCAAUUCAGACCUGGCAUAAUUGGGUGAAUGAGGUCAUCGCAGCAUUCGCUUGGACCAGGACCCAGUUUGGAGGGCAGGCGGGUGCCCUAGUCAACGAUUUUUUACCAACAAAACUUCCAACGAGUGACACAUGGGUACUUACUCUGAUGGCUGGACUUCUCGGUGCUCUUAGUGGUGGAUUUGCCAUGGCCAUUGAACUUCUCCCUGGUAUAGCGUCCGAAGCCCUCCUUAUCAGCGGAGCGGCUGGAGUAUCUGGCGGAGGAGAUACAAUGGCGAAUGGAAUUGUUACUGGACAGCUGCCAAGUGCAGAGGCAGUGGUUCAAAAUGAACUCAACUCAUUAGCAGACGUCGAGACUUAUGUCAUUGCCCAGAUCAACAGUACUAUCGAGAGCAUCAAUAACACUGCUACCCAAGUCCUCACUGAUCCCGCGACGAAUGAUCCUACGAACAAUUAUUACUACAUGAGUGCCAACAAUAGCAUCGCCUCGAUUUUACAUGGUGGUGCAUUCGCUAGCAGCAGUGUUGGCACCGGCGAAGAUCUGUCUAUGUACCAAACAGCAGUGAGCAGAAUGUGGGACGCUUCCAUCUCAUUUUUGUGGCAGAGCCAGAACGUUAUAAUCGUUAAAUUGUCUACCGAUAUCAUUGGCCUUACAGGUCCUCCCUGUGACAUCCAAUUGACAGAAGGUUUCCAAAGGACCUGCGAGGGGAAUACAGCGUACUUUUUUGGUAUUAUUGGCACUACCUACUCAGAUACAACACCAAUCUAUGGUGCUGAUGAUAAAAUAUUGGGGAAAUAUGGUCUCAAUAUGUUGGGCGUGGCCAAGGCUGCCAAUGCGACUCAAGUGAAGUAUGGGUUUGGUAAGUACUUCAGCAGUGCGACAGCACAACAAAUUAUGUCGAACGCCUUUCAAUCACCAGAUGAACUUAUUAUGACUAUUCCAUUUUGUGAUCUGGAUGCUCUCUAUGACCGAUGGAAAGACACGUCUCUCGUCAAUUUGGAGAACAUAAUCACUAAAGAGGUAACCUCUCCUUGA